CAGGGACCUUCCGGGGAGGGAGUGUUGGAGGAAGAUGACUGUGACCUCUCCAGAAUCUUUGAGUCGUGCUAGAAGCCAUCCAUUCUCCCAGAGUGCCCCAACAGGACUGAACUGCAUGGGCUGGCCAGACUACCUACCAGACACUGCUAUCCCUGAUGGAGUUCUGGACACGGGCAUCCGUGCUGACGAGGCGGGGAGUGAGGAAGACCUGUAUGAGGACCUGCACAGCUCCAGCCACCACUACAGCCACCCUGGAGGGGGUGGUGAGCAGCUGGCCAUCAACGAGCUCAUCAGUGAUGGCAGUGUGGUCUGUGCUGAAGCACUCUGGGACCAUGUCACCAUGGAUGACCAGGAACUGGGCUUCAAAGCUGGAGAUGUCAUCGAAGUAAUGGAUGCCACCAACAGAGAGUGGUGGUGGGGUCGCGUUGCUGAUGGCGAGGGCUGGUUUCCAGCCAGCUUCGUGCGGCUGCGGGUGAACCAGGACGAGCCCGCCGACGAGGAGGCGUUGCGGGAGGGCAACGGCGGGGCUGAGGAUGGAGGUGCUGAGGCGCAGAGCAGCAAGGACCAGAUGCGGACCAACGUCAUCAACGAGAUCCUCAGCACUGAGCGGGACUACAUCAAGCACCUGCGCGACAUCUGCGAGGGCUACAUCAGGCAGUGUCGCAAGCGUGCGGACAUGUUCAGCGAGGAGCAGCUGCGUACCAUCUUUGGGAACAUCGAGGACAUCUACCGGUGCCAGAAGGCGUUCGUGAAGGCGCUGGAGCAGAGGUUCAACAGGGAGCGCCCCCACCUGAGCGAGCUGGGCGCCUGCUUCCUGGAGCACCAAGCAGACUUCCAGAUCUACUCGGAAUACUGCAACAAUCACCCCAACGCCUGUGUGGAGCUCUCCAGGCUUACCAAGCUCAGCAAGUAUGUGUACUUCUUCGAGGCCUGCCGGUUACUGCAGAAGAUGAUAGACAUCUCCCUGGACGGAUUCCUGCUGACACCAGUGCAGAAGAUCUGCAAGUACCCUUUGCAGCUGGCCGAGCUGCUCAAGUAUACACACCCCCAGCACAGGGACUUCAAGGAUGUGGAAGCAGCCUUACAUGCCAUGAAGAAUGUGGCCCGGCUCAUCAAUGAACGGAAACGGAGGCUUGAAAACAUUGACAAGAUUGCUCAGUGGCAGAGCUCCAUAGAGGAUUGGGAGGGGGAAGAUCUCCUGGUCAGGAGCUCGGAACUCAUCUACUCGGGGGAGUUGACUCGUGUUACACAACCACAAGCCAAGAGCCAGCAGAGGAUGUUUUUUCUCUUUGACCACCAGCUCAUCUACUGCAAGAAGGACCUUCUCCGCCGGGAUGUGCUGUACUAUAAGGGCCGAGUGGACAUGGAUGGCCUGGAGGUGGUGGACCUGGAGGAUGGGAAAGACAGAGAUCUCCACGUGAGUGUCAAGAAUGCUUUUCGUCUGCUCUGCGGCACCAUGGGAGAGAGUCACCUGCUGUGUGCCAGGAAGCCUGAGCAAAAACAACGCUGGCUCAAGGCCUUCGCCAGGGAGAGGGAGCAGGUGCGGCUGGACCAGGAGACAGGCUUCUCCAUCACCGAGCUGCAGAGGAAGCAGGCCAUGCUGAAUGCCAGCAAGCAGCAGGCCACUGGGAAGCCCAAAGCCCUCAGCCGGCCCUACUACCUGGCACGCCAGAAGCACCCAGCACUGCCUGCCAGCCUGCCCCAGCAACAGGUCUUGGUACUGGCGGAGCCCAAGAGGAAGCCAUCCACCUUCUGGCACAGCAUUAGCCGGCUGGCACCAUUCCGCAAGUGAGCCAGCUCCCCACCCAACAGCACUGUAUGGACCUGGCCCUCCAGCGGGCUUCCAGCUUUUUCUCCGAGGCCCAUGGCAUGUGUCACGCACACUGAAGUUACAGGCUGAGUGAGGGAGCUGCUUGGCACCCCAUUCUUCGUUACUUCCCCACCACUGGUACACUGAAGACACCAGCUGGAGGGGCAGGACCCAUGGUGGUGAGCCUCCCGCCACCCUCUGGACCUCUGUGGGGCCUCCUAGGAGCCACAGCUCAGAGCCACCGGCCAGGCCAACACACAUGAGAAGACUGGCCGCCCUGGACCCUCUUCUCUGGACAUCAUCCCUCCUCCUGUUGUCUCUGGGCAGACUCUGCCUCCAGCCCCUAUAAAGUUGGGCUAUGUGCCCCUCUGCCUCCAAUUGUCCUUCAGGCCCCCCGUCCCCAGCUGGUGGUGCCAGGCAACUUGCAUCCCUGGAGGGUGGGAACCAGAAUUCUGUGCACAAAAAUGGCCAGAGCCCACCUGUUCUGCCUCCCAACCUGUCUCUAGAUGCUCCCGGCUGUGGACACCCUCUUCACUCAUGAUGUGUUCAUAGUGGAAAGAAAACAAAACCAUAGUCGCUGCAUACUUCUGUCAGGGUUUGUGACCAGUCCAUGUGUAGUUGUGGGUUGACUCCAGAGCCUGCCCCCGAUUUGUCUGGAUUGUGCUGUUUUUCUAAUGGGGAAAAGUAAUUGUUAUUAGUGACACAGAAAGGUUGCCUUACCCUAAGUGAGUGUGAGAAGCCAUAAGGACUGAAUUCUGGGGCCCAGCAUCCAGGACUGACCCACUAACCCAGAGUCUGGUGGGCAUGUGAGUUAGAGAGAAGCCCAUAUCCUGCCGAGAAGGGUCCCAAGUGCAGCCCGGACCUGGCUUGUGGGUGCGGAAUGCUGAGCUGCCCCUCUGGCCUAAGGGACUUCAGCAGCAUGUACAGUCAGUCACUCUUGCACUAUACCUUCUCCAAGCCAGAAGCCACAUUUAAUUUCAUAAAGAAACUUGUGAAAAAUAA